AUGACGAAAAUACUGUUUUGGCAAUUGCAGGUUGCAACUGAGGGUCGGUCGGACGCGGACACGUCCUGCCACGUCCGGGUUUCACACUGCGCGCGGAGACCCCACCUGCCCCUGAGCAUUGGACCGGCCAGGACCCAGCCUUCUGCGCACAACCCAGACGAGUUUCAACUCCCAGCUGCACGCCUCGGGAAGCGCCGCGCUCUCCUUAAGGCUCGGUCUCUGGUCGCUGGGCGCGCUCCGCCGGCGGCUUUCAGAAUUCGCGCCAAACCCUCUCGCCCAGGGUCACGCCCGCGUCGGCGUAACGUAUCUUCGCCUUCCGGAUCCGCCUUCUUGCCCCUUCCGCCCUGCGCGCUAGCCCAAGACUGGAACUCGAGAGCUUGGUCCUGCGCGAGGUUACGGACUGCCCUCUUCCCUUUUUGCAUCGAAGACUACAACUCCCAAGAGGUAAUGCGUCGGCCCGGGACUGCAUCUCCCGGCAUGCACCGCCGGCGGGCCUGCGAGUUCACACCGUCAUCCCAGCUGGACUAUUACCUGGAGCCGGACUAUUACCUGGAGCCUUAGCACUCUUGUGGUUUGUUUCAGCAGUAUCUGAACGUCAGCUUUUGGCGCUGGUCGCUCUGAGCCUCCGACUCACAUUCCUGGAACCAGGUGCUUUCCAGGCCUCAUGGAGGUGGAGGAGCUGAGGAAGCUCGAGAAGAUGGAUAGAAGUGGGAAAUGGAGCUAUCGGAGGGGAGAGGGAAAUGGCUGGAAUAUUCGUCAAUCUGUGGUGCUUUACUGGAGAUUUGCAGGACUGCAGAGGAAGGGGGCAUUGAAUUUCAUAACCUAAACCGUCUCGUGGUUUACCAGAAAGUUUUGACCCGUGAUUCCGGUUUUAAAGGCUGAGUAGGGCCGCG